AUGGUAAUAAUAAACGAAACAAUAGCAGACAAUUCGUCGGAAGAACAUGACGCUCCAUUAUUUGCUGGUCAGGUCUUACUUAUAUUUUACUGUUUAAUUUUUAUUUUUGGUUUUAUAGGUAAUUCCAUGGUUAUUUAUGUAGCUAUUCGAAAGAAAAAUUAUAGAAAUGUAACCAAUUGUUAUGUUAUUAAUUUGGCUAUAGCUGAUCUUUUAUUUUUAACACUUUCAAUACCGUACACAACGUAUUUAGGUGUGAAAAAUUCAUAUCCAUUUGGUAAUAUUGUAUGCAAAAUCUAUACAUAUCUUGCUUAUGGAUUUUUACAAGCUACUUGUAAUAUAUUAGCUAUGAUGAGUAUUGAUCGAUUUUUAUAUAUUGUUCGACCAAAAUCAAAACUUAGAUGGCGUACACCACAUAAUGCUUUUAUAAUUUGUAUUAUCAUUUGGGCUUGCUCUUUAAUUCUCAUUAUUCCUUACCAUGUAGUAUCACGUGUAUUAACAUCAGCUUCUAUCGCUUGUGGAAUGGCUGAACAUGAAAAUUUGAUUGUUUGCUUAUUUCCAUUUUGUUCCUAUUAUGCCAUACCCCUUAUUGUGAUUAUUGUAUGUUAUACGAAUUUGGCACUACAUGUGAUAAGAACAAGUCGAAAAAUGGCUGAUAUUGUGAAUACUAAAAGUUUUCAUCAAACAGUACAAUUGAAACAACGACGAGUAACACGAAUGGUUAUUGUUGUAACAUUAGCAUUUGCUAUUUGUUGGUUACCAAUACAUAUUCUUGAAUUAAUGAAAUGUGGUAAUCCACAACUUCUUAAUUCUCUUAUUCAAUUAUAUCCUAAAGUUCUUUAUUCAAUACGUGCAUUUACACACGCAUUAGCGUAUCUUAAUUCUUGUUUAAAUCCUUAUUUAUAUGCAUUAUUAAAUCGUAAUUUCUGUAUUGAUCUUGCUGAUAUAGUACCAUCAUGGAUGUCAUGUGGUAAGAAAUUAGUUACAAUUGAAAAUGAACAUUUUAAUAAUGACCCACAAUUGUCAAGAGCAAUAUUAUCAGGAAAUCAAAUUUUUAUUUCAAAAAAAUAUCAUGAUCAUGAUGAAGAUGAUACAGAUUAUUAUGAACAAAAUCAAACAACAAAUGAUGCUAGUUGUCAAGUUGAAUUACAUUAA